CGAAGACCUUUUUAUUUAUACCGCGCAAAUGCAAGAUAUUUCUUGCCUUUGGUCUUUUGCCGGCGAAAUUUCGACGUUCGUUUCAGUAGUCUCGCGUCUUUGUGGUUUACGAGUUGCUUGUCGAGUUACGCCAAUUGUGGGCUGGAUUUUCAUACACGGGUCGCGCGCGAGCCAACAUCACAUUCGUCGGAAGCCAUUCCGUUAAUUACUUAUUGAGCGGACUAUGAAAAUCAGCAGUUAGGAUACGUUUUUAAAUCGAAGAUGAUAUCUGGUAAAGGGUUGAACACGAUAAUGGUUGGUUUUAUGGCGAUUGCGGUGUUUAUAUUGUUCGACAUUUCGCGAACCACCGGUACGGUCACAGUGUUCGGUAAAGAGGUGAAUUGUAAUUUGCAGAAAAGUCACGAGAUAACGGUCGAGGAUAAAGCUAAAUUAUCCCCUCUUGUGUUACAUACUUUGGCUGUCUAUACUAAUCCUUUGAAUUUAACCGCUCAACAAUCCUCCGCCUCGUUUUCCUAUUCGGCGCAUUUCUGGUUAAUCAGUGUCUACAAAGGAGCUGAAGACGUUGCGAGGUAUUUUCAAAUUCCGGACGUCGACGAUGUCGCUAUUUACAACGUACACGACAGGAAAGUUAACGUAACCGGAUUUUACAAACCAGCAAACGACGACAUCGAUUCAUCAUGCUGGAAACCAGUAGUAUCGCAAAAAUAUUACAUAUUAUUCGCCGAAAUCAAAGAUGGCGGAUUAAUAGCGUAUAAAGACGACCAAUCGGGCGCUAUUGUAGACUGGACUGAAGAAAACGAAGCUAGAGUAUGGCGAGGAUUAGGUUGGAAUGACUGGUCAGAUUGGGCAGCGUGUUCGGCUACUUGUGGCGAAGGAACGCAGGAAAGGAGGAGGUAUUGUUCGCAGUCGUCGUGCGUAGGAUAUAAUAAAGAACGCAGACGAUGCAAUAUGUUCCCUUGCGAAGGCACCAUCGAACCUUUAGCAACGGAAAAUCAGAAAUAUUUUCAUCCGUCGCGUUCACUUUGGGAAAAAGUGCCAGAUAGAGGAAGUGCAUGGCGGAUCAAACCUAGUUAUUACCUAUGGCUUCCGGCUAAAGAAGUCGCAUUUCCUGUUGCUGACUUUCAAAGACAUUUUGCUCUGAUAGUUUCCGUCAGGGUUGAUCCUACGGUUCGAACCGAAGGUACGAUAUUUAGUUUAAGGUCGAGAAGUCAGCCCAGUACGUAUUUAUCGUUGAAUCUGGAUGGACCAGAUGUCAUUAGACUGAUACAAUCAACACCAAAUGGUACCCAAAGUGUUGCCAUACCUGCUGCCAUUGCUGAUGGACAUUGGCAUCAGUUAGCUUUAGGAAUUCAAGACAACGUAUCCGUACGCAGCUACUUAGACUGCAGAUGGGUCAGCACAGAUAUCUUGAGGAGUAAUUCACUAAGCGACACCGAAGACGCUGACCUCAUAAUAGGCUACUUAUUCACGGGAGACUUGGAGCAUUUAAUAUUAGUGCCCGACUCGGCAGCAGUGGUACAACAAUGCUCAACCUCAAAAAUUUCCGUGUUAGAUAAAGCGCUGUUGAAAAACGCCGUCUACACGACACUUUCGCCCGAAGACGAUAACUCGCAGCGACUCCGAAGACGUCACCAUUCCGCCACUUCUGAUAAUAGAAAACGCUUAAUACCAUCGUACUUCGAGAUCAAAACCGAACGUAUGAUCGUCGAUACUUUCGAUGAUGAUGAUGAUAACGACGAUGACGAUGAUGAUUCUACAGAUAGUAUCAGUGAUGAUGAAGAUGACAAUCAAGACGAAGGCAGUGGCUCUGGACCGAUAUUUGGCAUGGAAUGGAGCAGUUGGAGCGAAUGCAGUACGAAAUGCGGCGCCGGUAUACAAACGAGGCAUUUACGAUGCGUAAACUUGAUGAAAACCGACGAGCCUUGUCCUAUAUCGGAAACAGAGCAUACGGAAACCAGGCCGUGUAAGCUGGCACCUUGUAAAUCUAAAUCCAAAUGGAAAUAUUCGGCUUUUCGAAACCAGCAUCCGUUUAAACAUAAAUCCGACAAUUACGUCGACGACGGUAUUAAAAUGGAUAAAAAAAAAUUCUACAUGCUCAAGAAACAUCGUAUUCACGAAGAGGACUUAUCAGACACGAAAUCGUGUAAAUGCCUAAACGGAGGUAUCUGCGACCAAGAACAAUACCGAUGCAAAUGCCCAUCUCAAUUCACCGGUAACCUGUGCGAAAUCCCAAUACAAAAUACAUGUUCGACAGAAUGUCAAAACGGAGGCACCUGCAUAGAUGGAAAAUGUAGGUGUCCUCCAGGCUACACCGGAAGUGAUUGCAGCUCUCAAAUAUGCGAAUUGAAAUGUGAACCAGGAGAAAUAUGUCCACCAGCGACCACAUGCGACUGUGACGAUAGCACAAAAUUCAAAUGCAAUAAUACAACUACUUGUAGACCGUGUCUAAAUGGUGGAAUUUGUAAUAAAAAUAAAUGUACUUGCACGCCAGGAUGGAAUGGAGUAGACUGCUCAAUUGCGGUUUGUAAGCCAUCAUGCAAGAACGGAGGGUAUUGUAUUAAACCAAACGAAUGCUUGUGCAGACCUGGUACAACCGGAAGUUACUGCGAAAACGAUACUUGCGGUUCGGGUUGCUUGAAUGAUGGAGUAUGUGUCGGUUACGGUAUAUGUAAAUGUCCUCCAAAUGUGACCGGAACCAUGUGCGAAACUUUACUAUGUGAUCCACCAUGUGAAAAUGGUGCUACUUGUAGUGCAAAUAAUGUAUGUCUUUGUACCGAAGAUAUGAAUAGUCCACGUUGCGCUACCAAAAAAUGUAAUUACAAAGCAAUUAGAAAACCGUACACAGUCGGGGUAAGAAGAUUAGCCAAGAGAAAAUACAGUUCGGAAUGCAAAGAAAAUUUACCUGAGUGUAGUAGUAGAUUAGUUCCAAAAUUUCAAACUGUAUACAGAACGUUGUACAGAACUGUAUACGAAUGUGAAAAUAAUGAAAGUAGUGUGACAUUUUCGUAAGUCUCGUACAUUUUGUAUAAUUAAUUCGUCUUCAACGCUAUUGUUGUAAUUAUGUGGAUACUGUUAAUUAAAGGUUGGUACUUUUAUAGGUAGGUAGCCACUGCAGGCUCUUUUGUGUACUUUUACGACUAAAUUUUGAGCUAAUUUGACCACUCUUGUACCUACGUAUUUUUCAACAAAAAAAAAAACAAUUUUACAAUAAGUAUGAAUGUUUUUAUGUUAAAAGCCCAAAAUGAUUGUUUUGAUAGGUACCUACUUACUACACUAUGAUGUAAGUAUUUUUGGCGCAGAAAGAUUGUGGGAGAGACAAAAUUGAAAAAAAAACAUAGGAAAAAAUCAAAUUCAGGUCUUAUUGACUUUCGCUGUCUUUUUGAUGGUUCAGAAAUUUUAGAAAAUAGGUACUUGGUAAAAAUUUGUCUGAUUUAAGAUUUUUUGCUACGAAAAAUUAAAAUUAUAACUUCAAAUAUAACAUUUAAGAUGCAAAGUAUUUGUAGCAGGAGAAGUUAUAUUCGCCAGACAUUUUUUAAAUCAAGACUUUCUGUCAUUUUUGCCCACUCUGUCACAUCAAUAACUUUUUUGAUCUCGUACAACUCUUUUAAUAGAGGGUCUCUGUAGUUUCUGAAAUUUUUGAAAACGAAUAAAAAUUUUUCCACUUGGAAAUCUGUCCAAAAAAAAAUAAAUAAUUUGAAAAUGGUUGAAGUCAGAGAGACUUGAGGGGAGCUGAAAAAGUUGUGAUGAAGCUAAAUGGCUCAUGUGAUACCGGAGAUUGGCUGGGAAGAGGGAUUUAAAUGUGCCAAAAAGUUGAAAAAUUGGUGAGAAUUAUUUUGUUACUUUAUUCAAAUUUCCAAAUGGACCCUUGGGAGAUCAAAAUUAUUCUCUGUGGCUAAUUCUUCAUACAGAAGUGACAGAAUAUUCAGAAAUGACUGAAAUACAUAGUUGCCUACUGAUUUAUAGUAUUUGUCUGAAUAGCUGUCAGAUCACAUCUAAUCAGAUCUGCUUAAAAAUUUUAUGAUCCUGAUCUGAAGAGACUUGAUCUUUUCCCCUGACAAGUUUGAUCAGAUUGAAAUGUUGAUCUGAUCAGAUUUCAUUAUUCAGAGUCAGAGGUGCGAAUAAGUAUCCAAAUCUGAUCUGAAAUAAUCAGAACUGAUCAAAUUUGCCUGAUUAGAUCGAAUCAGCUCUACUCCGGAAAGGAUUUUCUCGAUCUGAGGAGACCUGAUAUUUCCCUGGAAAGUUUUAUCAUAUAUCUUAUAGCAUUGAUCUGACCUGAUUUCAUUAAAUCUGAUCACUUCAAAUUAGAGUCAGGCAAUGCCCAGAUUUGAUCAUUCUCAAUUUUCAUCAUCAUCAUUUCAUUUGUUGCAUACUCAGAACUGAUUAAAUUCGUCUAAACAGGUUUGAUCAGAUCCAAUCAGAGCUGCUAAGAAAUGGUUGCACAUUGUCGAGUUGAAGUAAAAAAAAAAAAACAAAAAACAGAAAAUUAAAUUUUGACUUGGCCAUAUUUUUCUGAUCUGAUGAGACCUGAUAAACCUCCUACUCCCAGUCUGAUUGAAUCCAAACGUUGAUCUGAUCUGAUUUCGUUGAAUCUGACCAAGUUUAAUUUUUUGGGAGAUUGUGCAGAUCUGAUACCUACCUAAUCUGAUCAAACAUCACUUUGCAAGUCUGAUAAGGUCAAGGUCUGAUCAGAUCUGCUCAUAUAAAGUCCUGAAGUCGUUUUUCUUAUCUGAUGAAACUUGACCGGUUUGUCUGGCUAGUAUUUGUAUGAUCAGAUCUGAACUUUGAUUUGACCUAAUCUCAUUGGAUCUUGUCAUAACCAACUUAAAUCCUGAGAACUUUUACAUCUUAUCUGACCUGAUCUGAUCUGGUCUGGUCUGAUCUGCUCUAGUAAAUCUGAUCAAACAUGACUAAACAAGUCAUGAAAAAAUAUAAUCAAAUCUGCUCACAUGCCUGAGAUUAUUUACCCGAUUUGAUGAGACCUAACCUGUUUCUCUGACAAGUCUGAUCAGAUCCAAACGUCAAUGUGACCUGAUCUCAUUAGUCAUUGGAUCUGGUUACAUUUUUAUCCAGGGAACUGAGAGAAGGCCCUGAUUUGAUCUGAUCUGAUCUGAUGUAGUAUAAGUAUCUAUUUGAUCCAAUAUUACUGAAUAAGUCUGAUAAUGAUCUCAUCAGAUUAGCUCAGAAAGGGCUAGGUAUUUUUCUGUUCUGAUGAGACCUGAUUCUUUUUCCUGGCAGGUCUGAUCAGAUUCAAAUUCUAAACAGGGAUCUGAUCAUGACUAUUUGGUAAGUUGUUGGUGAUAGAUUCAUUGAGCUGUGACUAUGACUAUUUCUGAUUGAUUUUGAAGUAGACGACUAUUGGUGAAUCAUGGUGGCUUCUGAUGAAUUAGUCAUCAAAACGGUGACUUUUGGUGAUACUUGGUGACUUCUGGGGAAUCAGUAACCAAAAAGUCACCAAAACAUAGAAAAUUCAUACUUUACUAUCUGGCGACUUCUUGGUGACAGAUUCACCAAGCAGUGACCAAUUCUGAUCGAUUUUGAACUUGGUGACUUUUGGCGAAUCUGUCACCAAGAAGUCAGCAAAACAUAGAAACCUCAUUUUUGACUAUCAGGCGACUUCUUGGUGACAGAUUCACCAAGCAGUGACCAUUUUUGUAAUCGAUUUUGAACUUGGUGACUUUUGAUUAAUCUUUGGUGACUUUUGGUGAAUCUGUCACCAAAAAGUCACCAAAACGUAGAAAUUUCAUAUUUGCCUUUCUGGUGACUUCUUGGUGACAUACUCACCAAACAGUGCCCAUUUGUGAUCGAUUUUGAACUUGGUGACUUUUGGUGAAACUUGGUAACUUCUGAUAAAUCAGUCACCAAAAAGUCACCAAAACAUAGAAAAUUCAUAUUUUACUAUCUGGCGACUUCUUGGUGAAAGAUUCACCAAGCUGUGACCAUUUUUGUGCUCAAUUUUGAACUUGAUGACUUUUGGUAAAUCUGUCAUCAAAAAGUCACCAAAACGUAGAAAUUUCAUAUUUGCCUCUCUGGUGACUUCUUGGUGACUGAUUCACCAAACAGUGAUCAUUUGUGAGAGAUUUUGUUGUUGGUGACUUUUGGUGAUUCUGUCACCAGAAAAUCACCAAAACAAAGAUAUGUAUUUCAUAUUUACCCAUCUGGUGACUUCUUGAUUCAUAUUUGACUGUCUGGUGACUUCUUGGUGACAGAUUCACCAAGCAGUGACCAUUUGUGAUCAAUUUUGAACUUGGUGACUUUUGGCGAGUCUUGGUGAGUGUUGGUGAAUCUGUCACCAAGAAGUCUAAGCGAGUCUUAUCAUUGAUGAGACCGGAUUUUUUUUCCUGUCUGGAUUAAGUAGAUACAAUGGAAUGUCAGAAUCUAAUCCGACCUGAUCUGAUCAGAUCUAAUCAAACAUGUCUAAACAGGUCUCAUCAAAAGCUAUGUACCUAAUCAAAAUGUGAUCGGAUAAAUCCUGAAACCUAGUCUUUCCCCCAAUGAACCUCAAUUGAAGUUUUUAGUUUCAAGGUCAAAAAGUCAACGAAAUCAGAAUUUAUUUAGAUGUUUCCACUUUGAACUCAAUUUUAAAAGUUUUUUAGGUUGAAAUAAUUAAAUUUGAUUAGUGAACUUGCAAUUUUUGAGCCAAAGUUUUCAGAAUCUGGGACGCUAAAUCAAAAAAAUGCUCGCCAAGUACCUAUUGAUUUGAUUAAAAAAGUAUCAAAAAUAUUUAUCAUGGUCAGAAUUCAGAAAUGAUUGUGAUCUCUAAAAAUGUAUUUCCUAUGUAUCAUUGGAAUGAAUCCUGAUUCCUUUUCAAUCAUUUAACAGUAUCCAUUUCAUUUUAUAUUUGCAUGUAAUGUACUAAGUGGUACACCUUUUUUUUUACUGUACAUAGUAUUUUACCUACUAAGGAGAAAAAUCAAUUUUAAGAAUUUAUUAUAAGUACGCUUCCUUUUUUAUGAUCAUGUAUGUACUUAUAUUUAGUUGACACUAUCGACCUAAUUCAUCUUCGCGAUAGAUAUAGAAAAAUAACAUUCUUUUUCUUUAAAAAAAAACCAUUUGUACCAAUAAUUAUAAAAUUAAUGUAAGUUUUUCGUCAUUUCAUCUUUAAAAUUUUCAUUUUUAAACAACAAUGUUAUUUAACACGAAAAAAAAAAGAAAAAAAUAUACGCCAUUUUAUACCAUACAGCAUUUCAAUUAUUUAUUUUAUUUUUCAUUUUGAAAUUUGAAUUUGAAAUUGAUCGAACAGCUAAACUCGAUUUUAUUUGUAUAAACUGAUCUCAUUUCUUAUUUUCUUUCUUUUUAAAUACCCACAACUUUGCAUUAAAGCCCAACUGCCUAAUGCAGUGUUAUAGUGACCAAUUUAUCAGUGUAGUGUAAAACUAUAUCUAUUUGCACAAAAUAAUAUGAUUUCAUGCGAUGAAAAAUACGUACAAGAUAAGAUGCUGUAUGAAAUUGUAAACGGUUGUGAUUUAGAAUGUUUAGUAUAAGAUUGAUUCUUAAAAAUAGGUAAUGGCGAAGAAAAAAAUCAUUUUGUAAAUAUUCUUCUUUUUUUUAUACAUUGUUUUAUUAUUCUUCAUUGCAAUAAACAUUUCAUCAUUGUGUGCUUGAAUGAAA